AUGGCUCUGAUACCACUGUCACAGAAAAUCAAAUCCGCAGCGGAAGAACCAUGCACGGAUCUGUUCAUCGUAGAUGUUCAUCACAAUCUGAUGAUCGUGGUCAUCUUGAAAGGCUUGCUUGAAGCCGCACACGUGUCUGGCCUCUACAGAUUUAAGAAGCAGAACGGCUCCGGUGAUGAUGUCUUCGCCCGCCUCUUCGCUGCCUCCUUGGAUCCCGACUUCGCCCCCCUCUCCCUCAAACCGCGGAUCCUCAAGUCCCGCCUCAUCGCCGGCGAGACCCUCUACGGCCUCUUCCUCCUGCGCUCCUCCCCGACCCUCGCCAAGAUCGCCGGCCUCGCCGGCUACGACUACGUGGUCGUCGACAUGGAGCACGGCUCUGGCGGCAUCGCGGAGGCCCUCCCCUGCCUCCUCGCCCUCGCCGCCGCCCGCACCCCGGCCAUCCUCCGCCUUCCGGAGCUCUCCGCUGCCUGGGCCAAGAAGGCCCUUGAUCUCGGCCCCCAGGGACUCAUGUUCCCCAUGAUCGAGUCCCCCGGCGCCGCCGAGCUCGCCGUCUCAUUUUGCCGUUCUCCGCCGCGCGGCGUCCGCGGGUCCGUCCACACAGUGGUGCGCGCCUCCGCCUAUGGCAUCGACGACGGCUACCUGGCGCGGGUUGACGAGGAGCUGCUGGUGAUAUGCCAGGUGGAGACGGCGGCGGGGCUGGCGGAGAUCGGGGCGAUCGCCGGCGUCGAGGGGGUCGAUGUGGUGCGGAUGGAGCCGCUGGAUCUGAGCGCGAGGAUGGGAUCCUAGGAAUCGGAAGGUGAGGGAUGCGAUGAAGGAUAUCAUAUGAAGAUGAGAAGGAUAUCUGUGGGAUCCUUGGUUUCUGAACAAAACACUUGAAAAUACUAAUGAGAUUUCAGGUUCUUUUGACAGAGGAAAUCUCUGGGUCUCUGCGUAAGCUGAAGGGAUGUUGCACUCUUGCAAGGGAUCGUUUCAAAAGCCCUGAGAAACGGGGUUUGCUUGUCCCAAAAGCUAAAAGGAGCAGAAAGAAGUAGACAUUGUUUAUGGCUGGUUCACAUGGAAUACAGUGGACAUGCAAUGGAGGGGCCUGCUCAAGUGACAUUGUUUGGUUCUUACCUUCUCGGUCAAUGUAAUAUCUGAUUUCCUUCCUGAGUACUGUUAGAAGCAAUAUGCAACAGUGGAUGGUGGAAUUUGAGUACGCUUCAGGUCUUUUGAUUGAUGAAAAUUUUCAAAAAGAGUACAGAAUUUUGUAUGUAUCAAAUGACUUCUUGCCUACUCCAGACCUCUGAAUUCUUUCUUUGAAGGGCAGACCUUUAAAUUCAUGGUAGGCUUUUGACUGCA